GGCUUUUCAGAUGGAUCCGAUUCAGUGACGCUGGUUUCGUAGCCAAUUUGCGGGCAUUGAAUCUCAGGCUUGACGGAGUUUCGAAACCUACUUGAGACUUUCAGCCUUCAUGGAGGCCCUGGAAUCCUCUCGAAUCUCUCGCAUCUCAGCCCUGUCUUGCACACCAAGUUUCCUUCAUCUUACUUCAUCUCUGAUAAAUCCCUUUUCCGCUGCUCAUGCCCACUCAACCGAACGCUUUCAAUUGCUCUUCAACGUCUCAGUAGUUCUAAUCGGAUUCUCAAUUGCUCAUAUAGGGUUGAUCACUUUGCGCAUAUUCGAAUCGCAGAGCUUGGUGGAGAUCGUCAGGUUUCCUCAAGGUGGGUUUGGAGGGGGGCGGGAGCGGAGGAAUUAAGGGGAUUGGUCGGUGUUGGGUUUUUGUAGCGGGCUGCGGAAUCGAGUUUAGAGUCGGAGAUGGAGUUUCCCGAUUUGGGACUGCAUUGCAGCGAGGAGACGUGCCAUCAGCUCGACUUCUUGCCUUUUAAGUGUGAUGGUUGCCGCAAGGACUUUUGCCUGGAGCACCGGGCCUACAAGGCACACAGCUGCGCGAAUGCGAAUCACAAGGACGUCAGCGUUCAAAUAUGCCCUGUUUGCGCAAUGAGUGUGAAGACCGUGUUUGGAGAAACCGUCGGGCUCACAAUGAAGAAACACCAGCAGAGCAAAACCUGCGACCCAAGGAAUUACGUCAAAGUGACCAAGAAACCAAAGUGUCCCGUGCGGGGAUGCCGCGAAUUGCUAACCUUCUCCAACAAAUACUGCUGCAAUUCUUGUCAGAAAACUGUGUGCCUUCGACACAGGUUCCCUUCAGAUCAUGCCUGCGGGAUCGCUCCAACCAGAGCGACAGCGCAAAUUGCCGCAGGAUCGAAGUUCCUGGCGUCGUUUGCGUCACGACAUUCGGACAUGCAUUGUGGCGCCGAGAGCAACCGGAUGGCGUCGCUCUACAUCUCCGAGAAGAGAAUCGACCAGGAGAAAACGCCCACGGUGAAACCCUAAUUUGAUUCCGAAGCAGCUCUUUGUACAUAUGUCGACGUAGAACGAUGCCCACAUGAAUUUUUUGGGUAUUCGCUUCUGAUCGUUGGUUUUUGGCCUCAACGAGAAGCUCGGGGUAACGAUGAUUUAGGAUUUUAUUGUUGCCCAAUGUGCGAUAUAAUGCGCUAAAUCGACAUAAAAAAGGAUUUCCAUCACCUUUUCAGAUCAUGUUGAAAUCUGAACUUGGUGACUUGUAAAUUCAAAUGUUUCCACAAGGGGAACUUUAAUCUAAAUUUAUGACUUUUUAAGAGACAAA